GACGGGACAGCCCCCCUGUGGAUCGCCUCCCAGAUGGGGCACAGUGAAGUGGUGCGGGUGAUGCUGCUCCGCGGGGCCGAGCGCGACGCCGCGCGCCACGAUGGCACAACUGCUUUGCUGAAGGCUGCCAUCAAAGGGUACAACAACGUGAUAGAAGAGCUGCUGAAAUUCUCUCCCACGCUUGGCCUGCUGAAGAAUGGGACCUCUGCCCUGCACGCCGCUGUCCUGAGUGGCAACGUGAGGACAGUAGCACUGCUCCUCGAAGCAGGAGCAGACCCCUGCCUGAGGAACAAGGCAAACGAGCUGCCAGCAGAGCUAACAAAAAACGAGCGCAUCCUGCGGCUCCUGCGCGCCAAGGAGAAGCAAAGGACGAGCUAA